GCGUUUGGGGUUAGAUCACAUAAAUGGCGGCUCAACAAGACGAACGGGAGCAGGCACCUGGACGACCCAGAGUGCGGCGGUGGUGGCAGGACAACGGCAUUUGUCCUCCGCUGGCGGUCAAGGAAAAGGAAGGCAGGGGUGGAGGCGUGUUCACAACGGAGGAUCUGAAAUGCGGCACCGAAGUUCUGCCGCCCAUUGCCCCGCUGGCCUGCGCCCUGAUGAGUGACGUAAGAGGAUGUUACUGCGAUUACUGUUUCAAAUCAGUCGAAGAUUGCGGAAAACCACUACGGAGAUGUAGCAGAUGUAGGUUCGCUUACUAUUGCAGCAAAGCUUGCCAGGAAAGUGACUGGAGGUCUCACAAACACGAGUGCAGAGUUACUAUCUCGAAAGCUUGGCUCAGUGUAAUGAUGAGGCUUGUUCUAAGAUGCAUGCAUAUCCAGGGUAAGCAGAAACAAGAACUGGAUCUUCUGCGUGCCAGUGAUGACAAUUUACUGAGUGAGGGUGCAAGCAAAGACACACAGAACUGCAUCCACGGUGUUUUGGGUUUUUUGGACACCGAUGAUCCUGCAACUAAGAAGAAGAUUGUCGACAUAGCUUAUAAGAUUACUUUCAACGGCUUUUCGAUCCACGAAGACGAAUUACGUCCAAUUGGUGUAGGUCUAUACACUUGUUUGUCGCUGUUUAAUCACUCUUGUGUGCCAAACUGUGCUGCGGUGUCCGAUGGUAGAAAGCUAGUCGUGAGGACUGUUGCAGAUAUCAAGGCUGGCGAACAGUUGGUGGUGAGUUAUCUGGAUCCAUUUGAUACUCCUGAACAGAGGAAACUUAAACUGACUGAGUACGGGUUUGAGUGUGACUGUGAAAUGUGCAACACUGAGCUUUACCCGGUGAGAAGAAAUCCUCAAUGAUUACUUUCCAUGGCUUUUCACACCAACGUGGAAAGUGGGAAGUGCCCUAUUUAGAGAUAUGUCCACUGCAUGCAAGAAAUGUUCAUCGGGAAAUGAAAUGUGUCCUUAUUCGAGUGGGGUCCGUAUUUCGGUGGUUAUAUUGCAUGCAAGAACUGGGCUCAUGGAAAUGAAGAGUGUUCCAUGGGUUUCCUUAGAGAGGGGUUCCACUGUGCUGUAAUAAUGUAUGCUGGUUGUUUUGAUGCAGGAUUCACCAUUUAGAGCAUUGGAAGCUGGACUGGGUAAGUGUGUAUCACUAAGUUCUUAGUUAUAGCAUCAUAGUUUUAUAGGGCUAUGAUAGAGAGUUUUGUUCAUCUUCUUCUUCCUAAAAUCUUAAAACCAAUCAAAGGGAUUGCAGAUCAACAAUUAAGUUAACGGGGAAAAAAGGACAGUGAGAGAGAUAGAGGCAAUAUAGGAAUAGAGUCAGCGAGAAAUGAGGAACCGACAAGGACAGCAAAGUGGCGAGCAUAUGUAGCUACUGGUAGAAGUUGUGUAUGAUGUUACCCAUUGUGUGACUCCUUCCAGAAGGCAGCUCUCCCGAUGAAGUCAGAGUCGCAGUUGAAAGAGGUGUGGAAUCACUGAAAAGAGCCAAGUAUCUCAUGGACAUGGACGAUUGGAGAAGAGCACUGGUUGAGAUCGGGUCGUCUCUCUCCAGGCAGGCUGGGAUUCUGCACUGCAUGCACAACGUGACACUUACCACACAGGAGCAGCUUUACUAUGCCUAUAUGGGUCUUGAAAACUUGCCUAUGGCAGUGGAGGCAUGUGAAAAGCUGUCAGAGCCAUAUCAGCGCUAUCUGCCAAAGUACCACCCCGUGUUGGGAUCACAUGUGUUUCGGCUGGGGACACUUUUGUUUCAACUGGGCGUCUUUUCUAAGAACUGUCAUAAACUUUCCGAGUGUCUCACUGUUCUUACCAAGGGUGUUGAGCAUUUGAGGGUAACUCAUGGACCAGACCAUCCCUACACUCAGUAUGCUGUGGCAACCUUGGAGAAAGCACAGGCAGUACUAUCCAUGUUGAGUGAAGCAUAGUGACUGACAGAGCCAUCAGAACAUUAUCAUUUAUCACCACUAUAGUCAUUUGUUGCAUACUCAUUUGCGUAUCAUCUUAUCUGCUCACUGUAGAUUCAACUUGAGACCAACAAAGUACGCAGGCCAAGCUAGCUUAUCACCCAGGUUUCCGUUAUGUGCAGAGUUUACGAGAAAAUUGUAUACAGCGUUCACCUCUGAACUUUGAAUC